AUAUAGUGAAUGCGGGGUCCCGGGAGAGCGGAUAUAGUGAAUGCAGGGUCCAGGGAGAGUGGAUAUAGUGAAUGCAGGGUCCGGGGAGAGCGGAAAUAGUGGAUGCGGGUCCGGGGAGAGCGGAUAUAGUGAAUGCGGGGUCCAGAGAGAGUGGAUAUAGUGAAUGCGGGGUCCGGGGGAGAGCGGACAUAGUGAAUGCGGGGUCCGGGGAGAGCGGAUAUAGUGAAUGCGGGGUCCGGGGAGAGCGGAUAUAGUGAAUGCGGGGUCCGGGGAGAGCGGAUAUAGUGAAUGCAGGGUCCGGGGAGAGCGGAUAUAGUGAAUGCAGGGUCCGGGG